AAUAGGUCAAUGAUCGAUUGCAUUUCUUGGUCUAUUUCGGCAUAUAAUGGAUAGGUAGCAAACAUUCAUUUUGUGGAAGGGGUUUUCGAUAUGGAUUUGGCUAAAGGAGAUGGAGAUGCAGCCGCUAGUGAGCUCCUCCGAGCUCAAGCCCACAUAUGGACCAUAUUUAGCUUCAUCAACUCGAUGUGCCUCAAGUGCGCCAUUCAACUAGGCAUACCCGACUUAAUCCACGGCCACGGCCGACCCAUGACCCUCCCCGAGCUCGUCUCUGCGCUCCAUGUCCAACCCACCAGAGCCCAUUGCAUCCGUCGCCUCAUGCGUGUUCUUGUCCACUCCGGCUUCUUCGAAGUGCGGGACCUCGAUGGAGUGGAUCGCCAGACCGGGUAUGCCCUCACCGGCGCAUCCCGACUCCUUGUAAAGCACGACCCGUUGACUUUAGCGCCCUUCGCGCUCUUCGCGCUCGAGCCUUACUCCAUGGACCCGUGGCAGUAUCUGAGUGCAUGGUUGGGGGACAGAGAAGACGUCCCGUCGACGCUCGACAUGGCGCAUGGGGUACCCGCGUGGGAGUACGUGAGGCGCAAUCCUGAGGUCGCCAGCUCGUUCCACGAGGCAAUGGCUAGCGACUCGAGGUUGAUAGCGAAGCUGGUGGGCGAUACAUGUGGGGGAGUCUUCGAGGGGAUGAGCUCGGUGGUCGACGUGGGAGGCGGGUCAGGGACGAUGGCCAAGGCCAUUGCGGACGCGUUCCCGCACUUGACGUGCACGGUGUUCGAUCUGUCGGCCGUGGUGGAUGGUUUGGUCGGAAGCGAGAGGUUGAAGUUUGUGGGAGGUGACAUGUUUGUGGAGAUUCCCCAGGCGGAUGCAAUCUUACUCAAGUGGAUAUUGCACGACUGGAGCGACGAAAAAUGCAUCGAGAUACUUAAGCGAAGCAAAGAGGCGGUGUCGGGUCGAGGCAAGGUCGGAAAAGUGAUUCUGAUAGAAAUAGUAGUAGGGAAUCAAACAGAAGAUCAUAGGUCCACCGAAACACAACUCUUCUUUGACAUGUGGAUGAUGAACCUCAAUGGGAAAGAAAGGAGUGAAAAGGAAUGGGAAAAGCUAUUUGUUGAUGCUGGCUUUAGCGGUUAUAAGAUAAUCUCUCACUUGGGCCUUCGAUCCCUAAUUGAGAUUUAUCCUUAAGACAAUUUUUCUGCUUAAUUAAUUUUCUUGGCUAUUUCUUGUUCUACUUUUGCUAUUAAUUGAUGUUUGAUAUUAAAUCUCCUUGUUUCGAUUGUACUGGAAGUUAUAUUAAUGUCAUAAUUCUAGUCUAUGCACUUUCAUAU